AUGAACCACAACGUCGUACAAAAGCGAGAGAAGCACAACAGAAAAUGUGAACGUUUCUCACGAAAAUCACCAAAAUAUCUGACGAAUUACGAGCUUUUCUUUGGCAAUCUAGAUUUGAAAUCUGGUAAAAGUAGAGAAAGCUCUUUAAGCUAUACACUUAAAAACAAAUUGUAUGUGAUAUUACGAAGAGUUUGUGGUUUAUGUUACUUACUUACCGACAUUAAUCAUAGUUACUGUGAACUGAAAUAUUCAUGA